GGUGUUUGUAGUGGAAACCAUUAGAAUAUCUGUGAUCAUUUCUAUUUGUUUUGUAUAGAUUUUCAGCAGAGUGAUUGUGGACACACUUUGGGAGUAAAUGUUUAGUGUAGAAGAAGUGUGUGAUUUUUGGACACCGCUUGACUCAGGAUACGUUGCCAUGGUGAACUCGCUCCGGCGCGCGAGACUCCUCUGCUCGAGCCGUUUGCUCAGCGCCGCGCGAGCGCAGUCAGGAUAUUCUCUCGGAUUGUCUCGCGCGCUGGUUUGUUUAACGGCGGUUUUACAGAUUUGACCAAUCUCAACGGAUCCCCCCCCUUCUGAAAUCGCUAUUUUUGCCCAAGACACCGAAUAACCCAUAUCCGCUGGCCUUAUUUUGGAAAUUCGAGAAAGAAUUUUGUUCAUAAUGCCGCCAGCCCUCGACAAAACUUUAGAGAAAGACCGCAGGAUUCACGUUUCGUCGCCAAUUUUAACCCGAGACGUGAAUUCCAGCAGAGACAUGGAUGCUCAGAUUAAACCGAUGAACGACAGCUAUGCUAGGUUUUGGUUCGAUCUCUCCUCCUUGUCCGUUCUAGACUCCUGUAGAAUGAAAAGUUCUCUGGAGCUACCAGAGAUACCCCUACAGUCACUGGUUCACAACUCAGCAUCUUAUCAAAUGGAGCUCCAGCCAAGCUUGGGAUCAUUGCUCGGCUGCGCGUCCAUUGACGAAAGUGGUGCGGAUUGUCCGUCGCUUCGCGACGACUCCGGUUUCGAAGAACAAACCGCGGCCGAAGAACAGUCCGGGAGUGCUUCGAAAGAUCAUCAGAACUUAAUGCGAACUCUAUCACCUCUGCAGAGCUUCCAAAAAGGAAGCGAACCUCUUUCUUCAGCAAUAUCAAGCGGAUUCAGGAACAGCAACCAGAGCAAUGCUUUAAGACCAAUAUGGCUCUCAGCAGCUCACAGCGCAGUGCAGGAGGAAGUGGACUCUCAGACAGCGCGACUCGCGUCUCAACACCGUGUAUUAGCAACUCGCAUGGACGGAGCGAAACUGAGGCUCCAUGCCCUGCUGGGUGAAAACGCCCUGCAGAACUUCACCGAGCAACUUGACGAAAUGAGGAGGAAACUCUCACCCACGUCCGCCAAAACCGAACCUGAUCCACUCAGUCCCGCAAUAAACGAACGUGCUAAUGCUUUAGGGGCUCGUGGGGAAGCCGACUGUCUUCCUGAUCACUCUUCCGGGCUGAUAUCCUCAACGUUGAGUGGUCCAGCAGUGCAGCAGGGAAGUGGCACCCUUAGCAGUUCCUCUGAAUGCUCCUCAGUGGAGAAAAGCUCUGAGAGUGUGCAGCUUAUCAGAUGUGUACAGAGUUUAGUACAGUGUGGACAGGCAGUACUUCGCGAGGCACAGCAGGCUUUGGACUCAGACGCUACAGAAAGCAGCUCAGAUGAUGAUGAGACCAAGGAAGAAGAGACCAGAGGAAAGAGACCCAGCUCAGGCUGUCUGGGAUGCGAGUGGAGGUUUCAGUGCGAGAGAGCGAAGCUGGCGAGUCAGUGGACGUGGCUGAAGCUCAGGCUGUCUGAACUGGGUUUGCAGAUUCAGCAGGUUUCACAGCUCCAUCAGCACCUCCUCGCCAGCAAGGGAGGUGUUGUUUUGGCCGAGGCUCAGCCUUUGACAGACCUGCAGAUCCAGCAGACUCUGCUCACCGAGACGGCCGGUUUGACGUUAACAGCGGGACACACACACGAUCUCCACCCCGAGCUCGACAUGGAGCCUAGCAGCCCCACAUGCCUCCUCCGAAACAUCGAGAGACAGAGUGCCCAGCUGAGUCAGAUAGUGAACAGUCUGAUGGUUCCUCUGAGUGACUCGUCCUCACGCUGUCCUGUAGCUAAAGGAGACAGCAGGUGCUGGAGAGGCUCAAGAAAAAGACCUUUUAACAGCCACGUGAAAGACGUGUUCUUGCACACCGGUUCCACGUGUGCGCGCAAGGCGGCUCAGAAGAAGAGGCGUGUGUGUCGCCGAGGUCAGCUCCUGUCUCAGGUGGACAUCGCUCCUGUGUGUGCACGGACACGCCCUUUGGUGACUUACCACAAGCCCCGCCUCUUCAUCAUGGACCAAUCGCCAGUCACACAGCAGGGUGCAGACUCCUCAGCCUACCGGCGCUCAAGCUCUGUUUCCUGUGAUCCCAUGAGUGUGUGUUCAGACCUAGUGCACUCCAAAAGCACAAAUAGUACAGCCAACACACUUCACGGCAUGCUCAAGCCAAGCAAGAGCACAGUGUCCCACUGGAUCCCUACGGCUUCCUUCAAAGACGAUUGGUUCCAUCGGUCUCGAUCCAUCAUUCUGUCGCCCAGCUUCACCGCUGCAGAGAAACAUGCAUCCUCCAUAUUCAAUUGCACACAUGAGCGCCAGGCUGCACAGACGCAUUGUAAAGGAACACCGACUUGGGAGACACCCAGACAGACCUGCAGGCGGACAGUGACAAGACGACGCCAGCGCCGGGAAGAUGCCGAUAUGUGUUUGUCCCAGUCUGGCAUGUUUUCUCCCAGUGCUGAGGACAGUACAGAGGACGUUCUCACACCCCACCGCACAAAGCCACACCAGAGAAAGUCACAGUUUCCAUUGCGAAGGAGAAAAGGCGAAAGCAUCUAUAACAUAAACAACAUGUCUCUGGUUGCCUCUACAACAGUGGAGAAGCUGCAGUAUAAGGACAUUCCCACACCCAGCUGGAGGGUAGUGGAGCUUUCCCCGCUCGUAAAGGAAGAGGUGGAGGAGGAUAUCCAUAAGGUGGAGUCGCUAUCAGAUGAGGUGUUUAUUCGGCGACACCAGAGAUAUGAGCGCAGAGAGAAACGCUGCUGGAGCUCCUGGGAAAAGGGCAGGAGAUGCACACUCAGGACUAGCUGUACGGAUGUGCCGUCUGGUUGUGAACCGAUGCCAUGGGCGUGCAGCGCACCUACAGAUGCACCACAGGACAACGUGGAGGAAAGAGAGCCUCAGCUGCCCUGGGAGAGACGCACGUUCCCGCUGUCUAAGCCUGACGAGGAUACUCUGAGACAUCACGAAGACGCACUUAAGGCCGAGGACGCGGUCUGGUCAAAGAACGAGUAGAUGGAAUCGAGUCUGUCAGACAGCAGCUGUAAGAACGUUGUCUCCUCAUCUCUGGGUUAUGAUCACACACCUCCCCCUGCUGGACGCACACGGAACAAGCCCAGAAUGACUUCAACACCAAUUCACACUGGUACGCGGGUUAAACGGACAAUUCAUUUAAUGAAUUUUUAACUCCUUGCGGUUCAGUUUGAUGGAAUUCUUCUUUCUUUCUUUUUUUUUUUUUUGGUUCACACAGACAUCUUUUCAUCUGUGCACUACAGGAAGUGACAUCACACUGCCGACAACAAUCAGAUGUAAAUCCAUCGUUACUGAACGAUACUUUGAGAUGCUUUUUAAUACGAGUUUUAACACGGUUUUAUUGUAUAUUUUAUUAACAUACAUGGUUUUAAUGCAUUCCGUAACACAUUUUAAUGUAACGUAACGUAGUAUAUUUAUUUUUUAUAUAAGUAUGUAUGGUUUUUACAAGCUGUAGUCUCAGCACUGGUCUGCAGCGGAGAAACUGCAGACUGUUUUCCUCCUGUUGGACAGUAAAUCGACAUAUCUCAGAAAAUAAUGCAGACUCCAGACUUGAUCAUUGGAGAAAACCAAACACACGUACGGUAACAGUCUACUUUAAAGCGCACCUAUUAUGGUUUCGAAAUGUGCCUAAUUUUGUUUUAAAGGUCCCGUACAGUAGAUUUACAUGCAUCCGAGGUCAGAAAACACUUUAACGUGCUUAUAAUUUAAACUGCAGCAUGACUUUGUUUCCCCCCAGUGUCACAAACGACUCGUUAAACGACUCAUUAAACGAUCCGUUCUUUUACUCACUGCAGCAGCAUGAUGGAUCUAGAGCAGGACUGUAGGACGCUAUGUUCUCAAAUCUGAUUGGUUAGAAGGUGUGCAUUAUUUACGCGUUGGCACACGGCUCCAGCCGUAACGUGAACGGCGGGGUAAUAUUAACACGUCAGCGUUUCUAUAGUAACGGCUCGUAACACUUCAGAUUCUAGAGAGCAUUUGAUUGGACAGAAAAUCUGAUGAGAAGCUGAAGCGCAGAAUGACGUCAUCGAAAUUGUUGCUCCGUACUCGUGGUAGAGAGAGAGUGUACAGUUCGAAUGCGUAGCCUAUAGGUUCUAAAUUGUUUU